AUGUUUGUGCAUAUUUGGGCAAGACAAGUGGCUGAGCCAAGCAAUGCCAAAGUACACAUUGCAAAACAUUCCAAGUUUGCCCGCAGAUGUAUUUGCAAAUUUAUGGUACCACCUUCAGGAGGGUUCAUCGAACCACUUGCUGCAUUGCCUCAUGACUUUGCAUGGAACGACAGCAUCAAAAAGAUAUGCUUCCACUCACAAUUAGCCUACGCUGCGGUCUCGCAGACAUUUCUCUUAGACAGCAGGCUAAAUUUCAUUCUUCGGUCUACCAACCGAAUCUAUCCGCAGGCCAGCCUGGGCUGUGUUUUGUCCGGCCUCGACAUAUCCGACUUGUCGCCGCCCGUAUUCCCCGAUGAAUGCCCAAUUUGCGAUUCAUCUUCCUUUUCAAUCGGAAUGAGAGCCCCAGACCCCUGGCUCCCCUACUCGUCUCUUAAACCAGCCUACGAUUUGGCAUCCACAUGUUUUUUAAGUCUCUCAACCUCAGUUGGUUUGCACAGCAGUCGUUUUUAUGGAGUAGUCUCCCACUUCCCCAUAACUCUACCUGAUACGCCUCAGGUCACAGUUAAGCUUGGUCAUGGUUCCGGUAUCCUUCUCGGACGGAGACCACAAUAUUGUGAAGAAAGCCCCUCUAAAGCCUAUUAUUAG